AUGCUGACCCUGCUGCUCUUCCUCGUGCUCAACCACUCCGUCAUGGUCGCGGGGGCGGACAGCGACGACGACCCCGACUUCGACCUGCGCUAUGCUAUCCUUCUCGGAGGACUGUUCGUUCUCCUCGUCUACCAACUGAUCCCGAGGCGUCACCGCAAGAUCAGCUACGAGGAGCAGGAGGAUUUCGAAAAACAAUUCGACGACCCGGCGCUCCCGAACGGCGCUCGGGCGAUCAAGGGCUUCCUGAAAUAUCGG